AUGUUAUUCGUGUUGCCUUUAAUUGUGCUGGCUCACUGCUGGGAUUUAGUUCCACCAACGAACCCGUCAUCGGACCUGUUAGUCCACGCAACAGCUGAAAUUUUGCUUGACAGUUUUAUUCGAAAUGCUGACACCGUGUUUGUGACUACGCUUCUGGAGCGAGAAGAUUUGAAUCUAAUUGAUGGGAUUGUGUCUCGGAUCGAUCAACUCAUGCCCUUAGCCAUCCAAUCAAUUCCACAGCAAACUACGUUGACUUUUAAACAACGAUACAACCUUCUGCUCUUGGACUCAUGGCAGUCGAUCGAACGCCUGCAUGCGUUUCUCAGGUCAAAACAGUUUGAUUUCACUGGAUGCUAUCUAAUGGUCGUAACACAAUCGGAGUCAGACUGCGCCGGUUUAGCGAAUGCGCUCCUGGAGUUGACGAGCGACCUUCUAAUCUACGACGCAAAUGUUUUAUGUUCGCAAAAUGGGACAAUCAACUUGAGAACGUACUUCCCUUAUGGACAUCCUAAUCAUCCUAAGCCGCACAUCGAAAAGUGGAAUACGUACUCUUCGGGGGGUUUCAUCCGAGCUAGACCGCAUUACCCAAGGAAAUUGGAGAACUUUUUCGGACUACCAUUACGGGUCGCUCUUUUCGACAUGGCUCCGUUCAUGAUGUUGAUCCGGAAUUCAAACAGAAAAAUCGUCGACUAUGACGGAAUCGAGGGACAAUUACUCAAGGAGUUAUCCAGAAGUCUGAACAUGACCAUAGAGCCCGCGGAACCCUUUUGGAACUCUGGAGAACGUUGGGGAACGUUGGCUCCGAAUGGAUCUGCCAGUGGGGCCGUAUCCUUAGUGCUUAACGGAACAGUAGACAUGGCCAUCAGCUUCUUCGGCAAUGAUCCUUUGCGGCAAAAGUUCAUGUUGUUUUCCAAGAGUUAUUUUCAAAGCGCUCUGGUCCUGAUCGUUUCCCCUGGCACUGAAUAUGGGACCUUCGAAAAGCUGCUUCUUCCAUUCCAGUUCACACUUUGGAUCGGAUUCGUUAUUGUUUUCUUCAACGGUUUGCUCACCAUCUUAGUGCUGCAGCACUUCCCACUGCCCGUCCAGCAGUUUGUUUAUGGCCGUGAGAACAGAGAUCCGUUAAUGAAUUUCUACAAAGUAACCUUGGGCUAUUCUGUAGAUCCCUUACCAAGCCGCAACUUCGGUCGUUUUCUGGUUACACUUUGGAUCAUCGCCACCUUCAUUCUACGUACGGCCUAUCAGGAGCAAAUGUUUAUCUAUCUGCACCGUCAAAUGAAUCACUCCACUGUCCGCGGAUGGGAUCAGUUCGUUUCGGAUGGCUACCGCAUCUUCAUUAAUCCGUCAGUUAAAUACGCAUUUGAAGACGCCAGCAAGCACGUCAAAGAAUCGAUCAAAUUCAUCCCACAUUCGGAGUACAGCGCCAUACUGCAAGAGAUUCGUCACGCCCGAGUUCGAGGAGCUCGUCUCAGCUACCUUGAACUUGUCGAAUAUUUGAACCAAGAAGCCCUGAUCGACGGAGGACCAUUCUACGAACAGUUCAACGAGCGCCUCUACAGCUAUUCAAUCCACGUAUUCUUUCCCAAGAACUCCCCAUUAGUGGAUUGUUUCGACAGUCACAUUCAGCCCUUGGUUACGCAUGGAUUCAUCCAACAUUGGACCCAUUCCGUACUGAAACGAAAUCUACUUCAAAGUGUUCAAGCUCGCGCUCGCCAAGCCCUACUCGCCCGACCUUUAAUGUUAAAAAUGUUGACCGGAGUUUUUGGACUCUAUGGCGCCGGAAUCAUUAGCGCAGGGCUAACUUUUGUUGCUGAAAACACGUUCGCUUAUUGCAGGCAACAUCGCAUGCCGGAAUAG